UCUUUCUUCAGCUAUUCAGUCAGGUGCAUGGUUUCACUGCGAUUACACGGAAUGUUAACAUAGUUUUUUUUUCUUUUGCGUGUGAUUCCGCUUAUGUUGCGUUACAAGAAAUGAGUUAAUGUGACAAUAAUUGUGAUAUGAAAUGAUAAUUUGAAUAUAACGAACAGAACGCAGUUGUGAAAUUUAAAAUUUGUAGAGAAAAAAGUUAAUUUGUUCCUUGGAACAGACAAAACGGGAAUCAAAGUGGACAAUUUUGCAAAAUGAUAUGCAGGACAUUCAUGACGAUAAGAUACAUAGUUAUCUUCAGCUAUGCUAUACAAAUAUGUGUGUCGGAAUCGCAUUCGCCGCUAGUGUUCACAAACUGGCCACCAACAAAAGCACCAUCAUUUCGCCAUCAAAUUAUGAUGGCAUUAAGGCCUAUGAUGAGACAACCAUCAGCAGAUUUUUUGUAUAAACGAGCACCGCAACUAUUGCCCCAACCACAACGACUAGUCCGACCAAUGAAACUGGCAGUAGCAGUAAACACACCGUAUUUCUUGAAAAAUCAUUUGAAUUCGGCAUAUAAACGUCCCACACCAGCACCCUUAGCAUCAAGCUCUUUAACUUCGAGCCAGACCUUUCAAAGCUCUCCGCCAGGACCUAACACUGGAGAAUAUGUUUUCGAAAAUCCGUUCUCUAAUAAUUUAUUGCAGACAACCUCAAAAUCACCAGCGUUUCAGGGUGGCAGUACCAUAAGAUUAAAUGCAGACAGAUUCAAUCCCAUUCAUACAAUACCAGCACCGAAUCUUUCUCAACUCGAAACGUUUCCUGCCUGGCAAACCAAAUCUGAACAAGAGUACUUUGAAAAACCAUAUCCCGUAUUCUUACCACAAAGGCCGAACGAUAUUCAUCAAUACCAAGUGACUGAAGAGACAAAUGACCACACGAUAAAUAACCUUAUUUCGGGAACUCGAAAACUGUAUGCCCCAGAUCCAGACCCUUCUCUUCCUGCAAUCAAAAUCAAACCAUCUACAGAUCCGUUUAGUCAACCAAGCAAUACAAACUUCCAAACAUUAAAUCUAUUCGGAACUCUCCCACCCUCUGCUCUGAUACAAUCACCAUCCACAUCAAUACAAUUCGAUUCAUCUAAUUCUCCUCUUCAGCAAAAGUUUUUGCAACAACAAUCAAUUGUACAGGGUAUGCCUUUGUCAGUGUACAAUCCGACAUACCUCGUUACUCAGUCCAAUCAAUUACUGGACCAGCAUAAACGACACUUAUUUCAACCUGCACCUAAGGACAAAUCGAACAUAGCCGCUGCUUCUAACUUGAGUCCAAUACAAAGCGUUGCUAGCCCUGGUCAAAUAAUGACUGCAGCCAAAGAUAAAAUUGGUGAUGUUAACAGCUAUGAAUCUUUACCAUCGAAUCCAUCCCCAUUAAUACGAGAAAAUAACUCGGUUGCUUCCUCUGUAUCAGACAGUACAACGUUGACUGAAAAGGAAGUUAGUGACUUAAUCAACUUUGGUAAACUGUACAACAAUUUGGAUCAGAAUAGUUUCAUUGCGUCAAGUUACUACGACAGUUUUCCGGAUCCGCAAACGGACUUUGAUAUAACACAACACCAACGAGACAAUGACGAAAUUUUAAGACAGGCCAAUGAAGAUAUUGCUGCGAGAAAAGCGUCCGUAACGAUCGGUUCAACAACCGGGUCAGCUUUACAAGAACAUCAGCAACAUCUGGAUGAACAGUUCGAAAACGUUCCUUUGAGGAUCAUUGUCCCAGAGCCUACAAACGAGCAAACUGAGACAAACGUGAAUGAAGUCAAACGAUUCGACAACUUUUCAAACGAAUCUAACACAGAAGUAGAUUCGUAUUCAGAUAUUGAUAAUCGAGUGACUAUGUCAGAAGUAAAGAGCGAACACGGUUCAGCGGAGAUAGUGAAUGACGAGAAAGCUGAGAACGUAAGCUCGUAUGACUAUUACUCGAACGAUUCAACGGAAGACAUGGUGCAUUCUUCUUAGUUGAUAUUUUGGGCGGCGUAGUGUGGGUAGUGGUAUGGUUGUUCAUUAAUUUAUAUGUUUUUAUUUAUUUAUUUAUUUUGUUGAAUAUAAAAUUAUAAGAAAA